UGCUGUUUUCCGCUGCUGGGCGUGGCUUGUCUGUGAUGUUUUUGUUGCACUGGUUUCAGUAGCAAAACAAAGCCAAUGUCAUAUUGCUCUAUUUUCUAAACUGCGUUUUCAUUAGAAAAUUCACUGAGGGUGUCUUCGUCAAAUGAACUGUCAGGUUUGCCAAACGCUGUGUACGGCAGAUAUAUAGGAAGGAGGAAGUGGAGUGGGUUUACUGUUGGCGAGGAAAAGAAAGUAAACUGCUCCCCGGCGCUCUUCUGGAUCAGCGGGGUGUGUGCCCGUCCUGUAACUAAAGUGCGGAGGAGCGGGAGCUGGACGGGAUGUUUGCCCGGAAAAACAAGCGAGCGGCGGCGCCGAAAGGCCAAGGAGCUGCUGCAGCCAAACAGAUGGGAUUGCUGCUUGAUUUCAAGCCAGAUGAUAUGAUGAACAUGGAGCAAGAUCUGGAUGAUCCAGCUUUAGAAGCAGAAUUUGCUGCCAUUGUUGGGAAGAAACCCAAUGUGGCUCCCAGGGGGAAAAAGGCUGGUAAAGCUCCAUUACCGAUGGAGGAUAUUGCAAAAAUGGCGGAGGCUUGCAUGAAAGACAUCGAUGAUGAUGAAGAUGACGGUCUGGAGGAUGACGAAGACCUCUUGGCUGAGCUGCAGGAAGUGGUUGAUGAGGAGGAAACGGAAGACUCGGGUACCACAACCCCCGCGUCCCCCGUUAGUGCGGAAACCCCUUCAGCAGAACCUACACCAGCCAGCCAGGACAAUAAGGUUUAUUCUGUGCCUGGUAGCAUUGAACACACGUUAGAGGAGAGGAUAAACCUGUAUAGAAUGGCUGUUACCAAUUCCAAAGCUGCAGGGGAAACCUCCAAAGCUCGGAGAUAUGAGAGAGGCCUCAAGACAUUACAGACUAUGUUGGCAUCCUUACGGAAAGGAGGUAAAAUUGACGAAACGGAGAUUCCCCCUCCAGUUGCAUGUGGAGCGUCUGGUGGUCCCAGUCGGCCCUCUGCCCCCGCAGCUUCACCUGAUGACAGCGCUGUCGAGAUCUCCCCCGUCUCCGCAGAGGCCGCCCCUGUUGUCAUGGAUCCAGCAUCAAACACUAAAGAAGAGUCCUCCGGUGUAACGUCUCCAGCCUCACUGUCAUCUCCAGAAGGGGAACGUGUAGCAAGUGGCACUGAAUUGCACUUAGCAGACUCACCAGCCGGACAGCUCAAUAAAGACGUUCUGUUAGAGCGACAGAAGGAAUACAGAAUGGCAGCUCUCAAGGCCAAACAAGCAGGAGACAUUGACCAAGCCAAAAUGCAUAUAAAGACCAGCAAGGGAUUCGACGCAGCGAUUGAGGCUUUGGAGAAAGGCCAGCUGGUGGACACGAGCUCCCUUCCGCCCCCUCUGUCUCAAGCCUCUACAGUUACUCCCCAUGCACCUCAAAAAGCAGUUACGUCACCUUCAGUUCCUGCAGACAGUGUUUCUGGUCCAGCUCAGCCCCAGACCGUUCUUGAAGCUCUGGAACAGAGGAUGGCCAAGUACAAAGAGGCCUUCACACAAGCUAAGGCCGGCGGAGAUGAGCGCAAAGCACGCAUGCACGACCGCAUUGCUAAACAAUACCAAUCUGCCAUCCGUUCCCAUAAAGCAGGGCGACCUGUCAAUUUUGAUGAACUUCCAGCCCCUCCAGGUUUUCCUCCAAUCCCAGGCCAGAAGGCUGCUUCUCCAGAGCAGGGAUUGGCUGCAGUGCUGGAAACGGCCAAUAAAUUAACAUCUAAUGAAGCUGAAGCUGGUGAUGGUGAAGAAGACGAUGAAGAUGGAGAGGAAAAGGUUAAAGCUCCAAAAGCUGGCGACCAAAAGAAGCCCACUCUUGCUGUACAGCCAACGGUACAGAAGCCCAAGAGGACCCCUUCACCUUCUCCAGACAGAACGUCUAAAAGAGGAAGUCUCCCUGACACCGCUCAGCAGCAGCUGGAGUUUCUGGAAGGCCGCAAAAAACAGUACAUGAAAGCAGCGUUGCAGGCAAAGCAAAAGAAUGACCUUGAGCAGGCCAAGACCCUCCUGCGUGCAGCAAAGGGUUUGGAGCCCAUGAUUGAAGCCACCCGCAGCGGCAAGAUGGUGGACAUAAGCAAGGUGCCUUCACCGCCAGGAGAUGAGGAUGAGGACUUCAUUCUAGUCAAUCACAGUGAUGUUCAGAUCUCAGAGAAGGCUGAGGAGGUCUACACUCAACUCACCAAACUACUCAAAGAGCAAUACGAGAAAUGCGUGAGGCACUCCAAGCAGUUCACACACAUGGGGAAUGUAGCAGAAACAACCAAAUUUGAGAACAUGGCAGAACAAUGUAAGAAGAGCCUGGAGAUUCUUAAACUGGCCCAGAACAGGGGGCUCCAGCCUCCUAAACAUCACUUUGAGGAGAGAACAUAUCGCACUGUCAGGAUUUUCCCAGAGCUUAGUAGCACAGACAUGGUUGUGGUCAUUGUAAGAGGGAUGAACCUUCCUGCUCCCUCUGGUGUUGCAACAAAUGAUUUGGAUGCUUAUGUCAAGUUUGAUUUCCCAUACCCCAGUACAGAUCAACCGCAGAAACAUAAAACAUCAGUCAUCAAAAAUACCAACAACCCAGAGUAUAACCAGAACUUCAAACUGAUUAUCAACCGGAACCACCGUGGCUUCAGGAGAGUUAUACAGUCUAAAGGCUUGAAGCUGGAAGUGCUGCACAAAGGCGGCUUCCUGAGAAGCGACAAGCCGGUAGGAACAGCCCAGAUCAAACUGGAGAAACUGGAAACUGAAAGCGAAGUGAGAGAGAUAGUGGAGCUCAUGGAUGGGCGGAAGGCCACCGGUGGUCGUCUGGAGGUGAGGGUGCGUCUCAGAGAGCCGCUGGGUGGGCAGGACCACCAGACCGUCACAGAGAGAUGGCUGGUGCUAGAGGAGCCACAGGUACUGCUGUAACUGUGACGCUGGUUUCUUCUCCUCAACGGCUUGAGGCUCUCAGCGCUUUUAUCAGAGUGGAUGAAGGUCUGGACGAUGAAAGCUCAGUGGUGCUGCGAGGCUCUGGUACAGAGCACGUGAUGGAGAUCGUGAGGAACUCGAGGGACUUAGCUUUGUCUAUCAGGGUAAAAGAGGUUAAAUCAGGAUGUAAGAGUUGGGGUGGUUAUUAAAAAUAUUAAAAAGAGGAGCAGAAAAACGUGCACGGAUUGAUAUGCCUUUUAAACGGGCCUUUUGAGAUAGAUUGCCUCUUGAUUUUGUAAUAACAUUCACCCCAACUGUUACAUUAAUGCAUUGGAGCUGAAGCCAAUGAGAGCUAACCUUUUUUUUUUUUUUUUUUUUUUUUUUUUUUUAACUGCUCUGGGAUGCACUUACGCACUAAUGCCAAAGUAAUCACUGCUGCUGCAGUAAGAUGAACGACUUAAUCUGUUCCCCCUCAAACUAGGAACCUGUUCCUGCCGUAUCUCAAAUACUAAUGUAUGACUGCUAUGCAAAUGAGUUCUACACGAUUAGCUAUGCAAAACGGUUUGCGUUUGAAUCCCAAACAUUUUGUCAGACAUUUCAAAACUUGUUUACGUCCUUUGUGUAUUUACUGCUUGAUUUAUUACGGACAGGCCGCGUAAAAGCCAAGCCGUUAAAUAUUAUAUUCCGUAUAAAUACCAUUAAAGCCGUAAACGAGCUUUUACUAAUUGAACCAGAUGUGAAUUAUUCAUUGAACAUUCUCAGUAGUCUGUGUUUGUUUUAAGAGGUAAACGAGCGAGCGUGCCAUGUUUGGGAAUUAUUUCAAUUGUAAUUUUUCCAGUAAAUUUAGGCUUCCACGGCAUUUUGCUGACGAUCAGGACCAGAACUGGUGCUGCAAUACUCAUAUUCAGACUCUCUGAACAGAAGUGCCAGUGUAGUUACCUUAUAAGUUAGCAAAAGUAGAAAAACGUUUUGUAUAUAUGUUAAACUUAAUAUAUGAGAGAAAUCUUUUCUCGCUCUUCUUGCACUUGACGGUUGUUCUGUACUAGGGUUGCUCCUAGUAGGCACUUUAUAGCCACAUAUAGCCAAUGUUUACAUUACGGUUGACUGCGCAGUUAAGUUGAGACACAUAAGACGACACCUUCCAUUAAUGACCUCACAAAUGGCUUAAAGGACUAGCUCAGCCAGAAAUGAACAUUUGCUGAAAAUUGAUUUUACUUGGGUCAUCCGAGAUGUAGAUUCAGCGUUACAUUACUUACUACCAGCAGUGGAUGGGUGCCAUCAGAAUAAGAGUUCAAACAACUGAUAAAACAUGAAAGCCAUCUACAUGCUCCAGUUCAUCACUUAAAAGCCGCAUGCUGCUUCUAGUGAAAAUGUCCAUCCCCGUGCCCGUUUCGGCUUGUAAAUAGUGGCGCUUUUUACAUCCAAGACGAGGUAUCUUUUUCACUGGGUAAAGCAGUAAGUCAUGGAUAGAAGACUCAGAUUUUAGCUGGAAGCAAUAAUUCCGAGUUAGAGUCUUAUUUGAUGGACUGGAGUCAUGCAAAGCGCUUGCGGAUUCAUUUGAUUUUUUUUUUUUUAUAUCAGCUGUUUGGACCCGUUCAUUCUUAUGAUCCAUUAACUGAGAAUCUAGAAUUUGUCCAAAUCUGUUCUAAUAAUUUACUCACUUCAUACCAAGAUUAUCAGCACUUUUGAAUUUUUGGGUGAGCUAUUGUUUUUUUUGCCUUCUGAGUGAGUCUAAAAAUACCUCAGUUUUGCCCCAAUUAUAUUUUGUGGUCUGUUGGAUUAUAACUUGUGAAGAAUUGACUGACAUUCGGCUUUUAAGCAUGGACAAUGUACAAUCUAAAUCCCUCAGUCUAGUCGGUAUUCUGUCCAUUCAUUUCAGUUCCAGUCGUUCCCAUCCCGUGUGAAUUGUGUGACUUGGCGCAUUUCAGAUCCAGCUUUGUCCUGGUGUAAGUUAUGCUGUCAGUGUUGAUUCUUCAUUAAAAAGUUUUUAAAUCUGCCAUAAGGCUCAUCUUGAAAAACGCGGGCCUCAAUUGUCAUGUUACAUAACAUGUUUCAUUUUCUACUCUUUCCCUCAAGAGUCAGCCAUGUAAUUUAUUUUCUUUUUACAUCGUUUCGUUAAACUGUUUUGUUAUUAAACGAUAAAAACAAA